AUGAGAACAAGGGUUCCACAAUCUGAGGACAAGGUUCCACACACUGAGGACAUGGUUUCUGACACUGAGAACAAGGUUCCUCACUUUGAGAACAAGGUUGCUCAUUCUGAGGACAAGGUUCCUCACUCUGAAGGCAAGGUUCCUUACACUGAGGACAAGUUUCCUCACUCUGAGGACAAGGUUCUUCACUCUGAGGACAAGGUUCCUCGCUCAGAAGACAAGGUUCCGUCCUCUGAAGGCAGGUUCCUCAGACUGAGGACAAGGUUCCUCGCUCUGAGGAAAAGGUUCCUCACUCUAAAGUCAGGUUCCUCACACUGA